AUGUCUUCCAUGAAGCUCUUCCUCGUUCUCAUUCUUGCCACUGCACUGAAUCCCACCAUGGCAACUCAAUCAGCAGCACUCUUUGGCACUACUGCCAGUUUGAGCAAUAACAAAAACAAUGCAACUGCAUAUGCUCCUCCUGCCAAUUCGAUCCCAUUGAUCAUAUACGAACUAAUAGAAAACUCCACGAGCCCUGGGAAAAGCCAGUUUGAGAAGGAAAUCGAUACCCUGUACCAUGGACAGAAGCCGCAGUAUGGGAAAGACUACUCAGCGGUAAUAGCUAUUAUUGAGAGCUUCAACCAGGCCCAUGUCGGACAGUAUCCCCAUGCAGUGGCCAGUACAGUGGGAAACAAAAUACGCAUAAACUCUGAUUGCAUACAGGACUUUAGGGGGGAUGCCUGUCACGAGUUUACUGGAAUUAUGAACCAUGAGAGCACACACGUCUGGCAGUGGAAUGGGAAUGGGAUGGCUCCGGCUGGGCUUAUCACUGGCAUAGUCGACUACGAGAGGUUGAAGGCUGGGUGCCCCUCAACAAAGUGGGUCAAGCGAGGAUGCGGUAGUAGGUGGGACCAGGGUUAUGAAAUUACAGCCUACUUCCUGGAAUUCUGA